AUUCUCAUUAAAAUCUUUAUUUAUAAAAAAGCCAUAUAGAAGUAUAGAACCCUAAUUUGUUUUCUGUAACUAAUUAGGUUUUUUGUUUCAGUAUCGGCUAUGGAUCCUCAACCUGAACCUGUGAGCUACAUCUGCGGAGAUUGUGGGCAAGAGAAUACUUUGAAGCCCGGAGAUGUGAUUCAGUGCAGAGAGUGUGGCUACCGUAUUCUUUACAAGAAACGAACUCGCAGAAUUGUCCAAUACGAAGCACGCUAAAGGAGAUGUGAAGUUCAUGGCGAUAGCUAUGGAGCUGCAUAGCUGGCUAUAUAUGUUGGAAUUGUCAUUUAGAUAUAAACCUUUCCUUAAAGGAGAUUAAUUGUGAUUAGUCCUCUAAUGGUGUCUUUGUAUGGCUGAUCCGUCUUUGGACAUACCUGAAGUUUCUGAAUUGGUAAUUGGCUUAUUCAAUGUAGGAUUGCUUGAUCUACCUUGCCUUAA